UCUUAACUUUAUUUUCUCCUGUUAAUGUUCUCAAUGAUUAUCGAGCAUAUGCAUUACCAUGUGGCUUCAAGCGUGUCAGUGUGCUCUUGCUCAUAAUUUUUACUAUAUCUUGUUACUAAAAUUGCAAGUUAAUUGCAAAUUACUCAGAGCUUGGAUUUUCUCCUCCAGUUGGUUAAAGGAAAGCUACCGGGAAGGUAGAUUUGUUGACGAGUUGCCUUACAUACUAAAUGAUGAUGACUACAUAUCGAAGUAUCGAGCCAGCCUAAAAGCUACAGUUCUCAGGGCAAAAGCAUGUCCUGGAGCUUUAUUUGAAGGGUAUAAUGUUUGCAUAUCAGCUCACGCUCAACCACCACCUAAAACUCUAUCCUUGAUACUCAAGUCAGCCGGUGGAAAUGUCGGUUCGUUGCACUUUAGUUUGAAAAAGAAGCUUAAGUAAGGUUAUAAGGCAAAGGUAACAAAUGAGGUAGACCGACGAGGGACAAGAAGGAGACGUGAUUGCCAUAAGGGAAGGUCCUUCAAAUGCUUCCGCUUUAUGUUUCUUGUUUUUCCUUUGUACAUGAGGUUGUUUAAAAAUUUUGUGAUGGAACUGAGUUUACAAACUGUUGUUUUGUGAAUAGUACUUUUAAAGUUUUGGUUAUUUGAAAUAGGGCCCAAACUUAAGUUUGUUUUCUUU